CCCUGGUCGUCCUAUAAAUAUGCAGCUACUUUGUUCUUCUGCAUUAUACUGCCCCUGUGUUUCACCUCAACAAGAAUUUGACAGUUCGGUUACUUAGUCUGUUGGGUGCUCCGGAGGGAAGCAGACUUGAAGUCAACACUUUAGGCGACCAGUGACGUCAUCACGUAGCUCCGAGGUCUGGCUUGGCUCUGUUGGCGGUGGCCGAAGCGAAGCAGCUCAGACAGCAUUUUUAAAAAAACAAAUAAACACAAACCCCGACUGACUUUCUGAGUCAAUUGUGAAAACGGUCCGAGUGACUCGAGGCGGCCCAACAUGUCCGAGACGUACGACUUCCUCUUUAAGUUCUUGGUGAUUGGCAGCGCCGGGACGGGGAAAUCCUGUCUCCUCCAUCAGUUCAUUGAGAACAAAUUCAAACAGGACUCCAACCAUACCAUCGGUGUAGAGUUUGGUUCCAGAGUGGUCAAUGUUGCUGGGAAGACGGUCAAACUGCAGAUAUGGGACACAGCCGGCCAGGAGCGCUUCCGUUCUGUGACGCGCAGUUAUUAUCGAGGAGCAGCCGGAGCACUUCUUGUCUAUGAUAUUACCAGCCGAGAGACAUACAACGCUCUGACCAACUGGCUGACAGAUGCACGCACACUAGCGAGCCCCAACAUUGUCAUCAUCCUGUGCGGCAACAAGAAAGACCUUGAGGCCGAGCGAGAGGUCACCUUCCUGGAGGCGUCGCGCUUCGCUCAGGAGAACGAACUGAUGUUCUUGGAGACCAGUGCUCUGACAGGAGAGAACGUGGAAGAGGGCUUCCUUAAGUGCGCUCGCACCAUCCUCAACAAGAUCGACUCAGGCGAGCUGGAUCCAGAAAGGAUGGGCUCGGGCAUCCAGUACGGAGACGCUUCGCUGAGGCAGCUGCGACAGCCGCGAGGCAGCACCUCGCAGAACAAGCAGCAGUGUAGUUGCUAGGUCUCUGCACUCCUCCUCAUCCAGUGCACAGAACGUCUCGUACAGGUCCGUGACGCCUUCAAACGCUUGUGUCGGAGCCAGUGGAUAUGUUUUUAAGUCUCCUUCUCGUCUGUGUUUGUGUGUGUGUCAGCUCCAGGUGUUUUGGGGUGUCUCACACACACCUCAUGGCACCUGGAUGAGUGCUCGCGGCGACCUCUGCAACUCCUGAGCCUUGGCCUCUGGUAAGGCCUAUUUAUGCGUGAAGACAUGCUCUGAUGGUCUUCAGUCCUUACCAGAUAUGGACAAGUCAAGGGUUGUUUGUACGGACUAUUGUAUUUUUAUUUAUGUUUUCCUCAUUCUGUUUCACACAACCAAAAUUUGCACAUCUUUGGUUUAUAAAUUAUCGUUGAUCGACGAAUUGCUGGGUGUACUUUCUACAGCACUUGAACAUCCGUUGACUGUUUUUGUAAAUGGAACUACUGUAUUUAAAUAGGAGAGAUUUACAACGCCAUUGCAAAGCUUAUCCACAAUUUAAAAGCUGAAAAAUGUUGGCAUCAAAUUGCACUUUUAUUACAUGGGAGUAUUGUUCUCGUUUCCGUCCAGAUUAGUGUUGUUUGGAAUCUAUAUGUUGCCCAUUAUUUGCUGAAAAAGCACAAAGGCAGAGCUCAUGCUCCAGCUGGCCCAAGUUGAAAGUUGUACUAGCGGACCUCCCAAGUCACACUUGCCGUCGACAGACGUCACAGGAAGCCACAGUUCCCUCAAAGCGGUCAUACGUGAGCAAGCGUGUUUUGAACCUCCGGAGUAGUUUUUCACUUUCCCUCGCCAAGCACAUGAGCAGCUCGGGGCUCUCCCACAUGUUAUUGAGAGAGCAACGGGGAAUUCUUCUCCGCACCGCAGCCAGCAAACUUUGUGGGGCUGCGCAGGCCGCGAGGAUGAGAAUGGAAAAAGCCACCACUCAAGGUUAGAGUGACCCAAAACUAACAAGACACGUUUUUAAUGUCAUCUCCUCUUAUGUGUGUUCUCACACAUACACACUUUAUCAUCUCAAGUGAGCACGUAAGCACACUUGGAGCAAAGAAAACGUGAAUCAUGCAAAUGGGAGAUAAUAUAUCUAUCUAUACAUCUUUUAAAUGUACAGUAUAUCAAGAAAUUGUCUUCACUUUUUCUGUCAUAGUUUUCUUCCAUAUGAAGGAGUAUUAGGGUCACACUGAAAAGAAAAACAAAUUCUGAGAUUGCAGUGAUGAUGUUAUUUGAAAAAAAUGUGACUGAGAAUUCAGCUGCGAUUUGCUCCAGCAACAGGAAGUGGAUGGAUGGUACGACAGUGCUGCUUUCCAACCUCCUCAAAGAUGCAUCAAAUUUCUUUUUUAAUGAGGACAAUAGCAUUCUAUCAAUAUUGUCAUUCGUAAAAUAAAUUAAUAACAUCAUUAGGUAGAAUAUAAAGAAUUAUAAUAUGUUUCCGACGAUAAGUUGCUUCAAACCAUCAGGUGCACCCAAAACAAAACAAAAAAACCCCCCCAUAAACAUAAGUUGCUCAGGAAUUAAAUUUUUUGAGGAGAAUUUAUUCUACACAAAA